AUGGCAAUGCCGCUGUCGCACAGAAGUGUCAGUGCCAACGUCCCUGGUGUGCGUAGUCUGGCGAUAGUCCUCCGUGCGUGUCCACCACCCUCUUUUCACUUUUUCAAGCGUUGGGGGAUGCAUGAUUUCCAUACGUCGAAAUGGACGCGCCUAAAUCCGUCCGCUAAGACAAAACGGACACUUCUUGGUCGUAGUUGUAUUGAUAAGCCGACAAUGGACAUGGUCUCCGUGAGCCGAUAUGGGGGUAAUACACGGCGGGAGACGCUAGCAACGGCUUUUCGUCUGUAUCGCAGCAUGGAUCAGUCUGAAAAGGCGCGAGAGGCCGGACAAGAGGCGCUUCGUGCAAUUCGGUUUACAGACUUUUCUGUGGACGAGGAAGAGGAGGAGGAUCUAGCGGUUGACUUUGCUUGCUUGUAUCUGAAUGCCUGUGUUUUGUUUGGCGUCGCGCCCACGCAGGAGAUGAUGUCGCAGCUGUUGAGUUGGCUCCCAAAGUCUCUUUAUAGCUCGUUCCACUGGGAGUGUGUUCUGUGCGCCCUUGCCGUGUACCUGCGGCCCUCGGAGAAAACGGCGACGGCUGCAGCGACUGCAGCAGCGUUUGUCUGCAUGAUUCGUGGGGCCGAGUUGGGCACGGUGCCCGGGAGUCUUUCGCGCGACGGGAAGACCCUGCUGUUAAUUGUCAUUAACCGAGCGAUCGAUGUUUUGCUUCGAGCAAAUGGGAGGGCGGAGGACCGUCAACAUCUCCUAGAGGUGCAGCUGCAAACCAUGGAACUGCUGUGUCCCACCACACCGACGCCAACGGCACCAUCACCGACUUUCUCGAGGGAAGAGCGGUUGACACUGGUGGACACCAUCUGUUGGCGCUACGCCGCGGGUGUUUCGCUCCCCAUCGCGGCGAAGCUGGUGCCAUUGCUGCAGGUCAAAACCCACGCGGAGCUGGAGGAGUUGUCAGUGUCGCAGUGUGCCAGGCUGUUCUGCGCUUUGUGCAUCGCGCUCGCGACACAGGACUCUUCUGGAACAGAAUGGACUUUGGAGCGGCAUUCCCAUGUUCUUGACUCCAUUGUGCGACAUCUUGACGAACGCGUCCGCGUGCACUCGGUGGAUGACGUAGUGAUUCUGUUGGUGGGACUGCAGGCAAAUAGAAUGGCGCGGUCACGGUACAAAAAGCUUCCUUCCUCGCUGCUUGUUCACCUUAGAGAACAGCAACAGCAACAACGAUCCCGGCAAAAUCAGGAGGCGGAUCAGGUGUUUACAUCCUUGAAGAGUGGCGACAGCUUGCUGGCUUUGUCGCAUGUGCUUUCGCAGUUAGCAAUGGAUGCUGAAGAUGCGUUGGCCGAUGCAGCAGAGACAUUUUUAACGGAUUUGGUUUUAUAA